CUGGUGGCGCUGUGGAUGGCGGGCUCCCUCCUCAGUCUGUCCCAAGACGUCUCCCUGGAGAGGAUCGUUCAGGUGGCGCUGGAGAGAGGCUACACCGCCCAAGGGGAAAUGUUCUCAGCGGCUGACAUGGCCCAGCUGGCCGAGGAGUUGUUCCAGUGCCGGGCCGAGGUGCUCUCGGGAGGUCUCGAGGGAGAGAACCGAGGCAGGAUCCUUCGCCAUCUGACCGCUGGCUGCCCCCUGCUACUGCCCUACGACGAGGACUCCAACCACGAGCCCUGCAGGAGACGCGGCUACAGAGCCCACUGGGCCGUCGUCUCAGGACUCCUGCUGGGCCUCAGGGGCGGCGCCCUCAGCCCAGCCUGCCAGGAGGACAGGGAGAUCUCUGGCCUCUUCCACCCCAGCCCGGCCUGCCCCCCGCCUGCCCCGGAGGACGUGCUGGAGAUCUACCUGCUCUCCAAGCAGGGCAAGAGCUGGCGCCCCCAGCUGUGGAGCUACCGGCAGGCACACGAGAGCAACGCCCAGCUGACCGACUUCUGCCCCAAGCGGGCGGGCGACGGCAAGGUCUACGUGGUGCCCGCGGGAGGCGUGAGGGCAGGGCUCUGCGGUAAGACCGUGCUGCUGCACCCACGGACCGCACCGAGCGCCCUGCCCCAGCCAGCCGGGCCACCCCCUGCUGCCGAGCGCUAG